CUCAAGUGAAGUCUCAGACCCAAGCCGCGGAAGCCGCGCCCCGCGCGGCGCGGGCGGCGCCAACGCGGCAUGGCGCUGGCCCAGAGCGCCUCCGCGCCGGACCUGCGCCGGCCAGGCUCCGGCGGCUCCUUGAAGAAGGCUGGCGCUGCCUUGUCAGGUUCCAGCUCGCAGGUCUUCACCACGACGCUCUAUGAGCAGAUGCUGGGGAAGAAGCUCUUCAAGAAUCACUUCCCCAGCAUCCCUCCGGCGGGCAAGUCCAUCACGGUGCCUCUGAACGACUCCGCUCAGCAGGACCUCCAGUCAGAGAUCCACUUCCCCUUGCCGCCCACGCCGGUGCACGAGCGCAAGUUCAGGAGGAUCUCCCAUGGCCCCGGCGAGAUCUACGUGCACCAUGGGCUCAAGGAUCAGCUGCUGCCGGCGGAGGACUUCCGCUACGGCAUCCGCGGGCAAAAAGGUUGUAGCACGGAAGACACCAUGAAGGCGGGGCUCCUCUUGGGCGUGGCGGCGUACCAGAAUGAGGUGGCGGAGAAUGUGUACGAGAGCCACAAGAAGGAGCCACUAGGCCGCGCCUUCACACGGGGGCACUCGCUGAAGAUGCUCCCGGAGGGCUAUGGCAACUCCAGUGGAAUACCCCAGGAUGCCAAGGAGGUCAUCUAUGCGCUCCAUCAGAAGCCCGACCCAGAGGAUGUGCGCCUGAUGUACAAGUACACGCACAACAACUUCAACCCCGGGGAGCGCAUCGAGCGCAGCUACCGGUGGCCCUCGGAGACGAGGGAAAAGAACUUCCGCUUCGGGCACGGGGAAGGAGUGCCGCAGGAGGGUGCCGGAGCGCGAAUGGCGCUGAACUGGGACGUGGAGGAUGAUGGUACCGUGAAGAGGACCCGGCUCGUGCAGAAGAACGUGGAGGACUAUCGGAAUGUCCAGCACACCAAGGUCUAUCAGAAAGCCCAUGCAAAGCAGGGCAAGCAUGGGCCGCCGCUGGACCCGAACUUCCAGCAUGGCGUGAAGUCUGGCGUGAGCGAUUACACCGCCAAGAGCUGCAUCCAGGGGUACUACAGCCUCGAGGAGCAGCUCCCGGAUCAGGAUCUGGGGCGCUGCCUGAAGCCCGGGCGCCGCAACGUGACCGUGGCCACGCGGGCGUUCGGAGUUCCGUCAGUUCGCACGGACAUCCCGGCGCCGCAUCCAGAAAAGCGGUCCAUCGCGGACAACUGCAGCUACGGGGAUGAGUGCAGCGCCGCCGCGCUGCUGAACCCCCAGCGCUUCGACGACCGGGGCGUGCCGGACCGCGAGUUCCUGGUCCGAAGGCCCAAGGAGGAGCUGCGGGCCCUGGUGGACAACUGCGACGUCGACGGGGUGGACUUUGACAGCCUCUGGGAAGAGUGUGUUGGGCUCUUCGACGAUGGCUUGCCUCUGGUGUCCUUAGACGCCAUGCUCUUUGUGCAGACCCGGCGGAUCGAGGAUCGUGUCGCGAGUUUGCACACCGGCCCCGGGCCGGGUUUGGCCGCCUACAAGGGUGCGCUGUAGUACCACUUCGCCCUGCCGAUGGGCAAGGCGCUGUCUCACCGCUUCACCCAGUGACUGAAUCUGACAAGCGUGGAGCUGCGUGUCACACCUCGAGCCCAGAGCCCGCCAACGUCUGGCGAAGCUUUGCCAAAAGCGGAGGCUCGCCUUUGGCGGCCC